UCCCUCUGCUCUUCCUCUCGUCUUUACUAUGAAGGCAGUCCUCAGCGCAUGUCUCCUUUUUGGCCUCCUUUCUCCAGUGGCACUGCUGCAAUGCUAUUUCUGUCCGGGAGGGUUGUGUGAUACACCAGAAAUUGUGAACUGCACUGAUGACCAAGAUGCCUGUGUUUCAGCCAUAAAUAAGUUCAGAAUAGGUGAAAUUUAUCCAGGAUCCAACAUUCAUUCGAAGUAUUGUGGUAAAACUAGAGAAGACUGUGUGAACAAGCGAUUCAGCAUGCAUGUAGGAGAGGAUGCGAGCUAUCGUUCCCAUCUUGAGUGCUGCUGCCGUGACAACUGCAAUAAAGAAUUUCUCACUUUGUCAGAUCCUGUGAAACUUCCCCCCAAUGGGAUACAAUGCCCAUCCUGCAUUGCCUUCGGUGAGACCGAGUGCUCGGAAACCGAAAACAUUGCCUGUACUGGUGAGGAGACGAAAUGCAUUGUGGGAGCCAUGGUGGUGGAAACAGAUACUGAACAACAACCAAGUGAUAUAGCUUUCCAAGGUUGUGGAACGCCAAGCAUAUGCACUGCUAAAAUUUCAAAGGCACCUGUAUCCUCUAAUGAAAUGAAAUACACCGUGAAACGAAUUCAGUGCAUCAACAACACUGAAGUCAUAACAGUGUAAAUGGGAGGGUCCAAAUCCCUCCCUUCUUUGGAAUCCACCAUUCUUGGGGACCAAGUAAUUUGCACAUGGAAAGGCUGACAUUCAGGAUCUCGGGUUUCCUUCUCUGUAGUGGGUGGAGGUGCGGGGCACAAGUGGGGAGGGAGAGAAGACCUUGGGGUCUAGAGGCUGAAGCUUAUGUGCAGAAUAUAUUUUCACUGAAUCACAACCAAAAUGAU